AAAAGGACCCUGAAGCUUUUGGUUUGGUGGAGCAACACAUGAUGCAUGGUCCCUGUGGGAAAGACAGAUUAUCAUCUCCUUGCAUGGACAAUGGUGUUUGCACAAAGAAAUUCCCCCGCAGUUAUGUUCCACACACCCAAGUUAAUGAAUCAGGCUACAUCUUGUACAAGCGCAGACAGACUGGGCAGUUUGUUUCCAAGGGAAAGAUCAAGCUUGAUAAUCAAUUUGUUGUCCCCCACAACCUCCAGAUCUUGAAGAAAUACAAGGCCCAUGUCAAUGUCGAAUGGUGCAACAAAUCAAGCGCCAUCAAGUACCUGUUCAAAUACAUUACUAAAGGUGUUGAUAGAGCUACCUUCAAAGUUCAGAAAACCCCAGAGCAUUCCGAACGGUCAGAGCCAAAAAAACCAGAACAGCCAAGGAAUGAAAUUAAUGAAUACAUUGAGGGGCGGUACCUUUCAGCAUGUGAGUCGAUGUGGAGAAUUUUUGUGUUUGAUAUUCACCACAACAGUCCAGCAGUGCAGAAAUUACCAAUUCACCUUCCUGGCGAACACAUGGCUGUUUUUGAUGAGAAUGAGGACCUCCAGAACGUUGAAGACAGGUACCUACAUGGCCGGACUAUGUUAACGGAAUGGUUUGAAAUGAACAGACGUUAUGAAGAAGUCAGAAAACUAAAAUACAUCGAGAUGCUAACAAUGUUUGUCUGGGACAAUUCAAACAAGAUUUACAUAAAGCGACAGCAAAGAGGGAGCAUUGGAAGGAUUGUAAACAUAAACCCAGCAGCUGGUGACAAAUAUUAUCUUGGGAUUUUAGUCAGCUUAGUUCGAGGCCCUACAUGUUAUGACGAUUUAUAUACGGUGGGUGAGAUCAAAUAUGAUACCUUUCAAGAAGCCUGCUAUGCUAGAGGCUUUCUCGGAACAGACAAGGACUGGCAUGAUUCUAUGUCUGAAGCAUCUCAAUUUUCAUCACCAAGAUCUCUUCGCUACCUCUUCGUACUAAUACUCAUCUACUGUCAAGUUUCAGAACCAAGGAAACUUUGGGAUCAUUCUUGGGAAUAUAUGGCAGAAGAUGUCUUGAUGCGCCAGAGACGCCUUCUUCGAUUCCCAGACCUCCAGCUAACCCCAGACGAACUGCAGCAAUACACACUUAUUGAAAUAGAGACCCUGCUUCAGAACUACGAGAAGUCAUUGACUGAGUUUGCAGGCAUGCCACUUCCAAACAAAGCUAUCAUGGACGAAAUGAAGAAUAGAGCAAUGGCGAGGCACAACCAGUUUGAUUUAGCUGAAGAACAAAAGGUUCACCAGGAACUUUUCUGCAAGCUCAACAAUCAACAGCGGGCAGUAUAUGAUGCAGUGAUCAAGUCCGUUCGUGAGCACCAAGGAAAGCUAUUCUUUCUCUAUGGAGCAGGAGGAACGGGGAAAACAUUCCUAUAUAGAGCAAUCAUUGCAGCUUUACGAUCAGGAAGUAAAAAGGUUAUACCCGUGGCAUCCUCCGCCAUUGCCGCCCUUCUCUUACCUGGUGGUCGCACAGCACAUUCAAGGUUCAGUAUUCCUCUGAAGCUUUAUGAAGAUUCUUACUGCGAAGUGAAGACUGGAUCAAUCCUCGCCAACUUCCUCAGCGAAUCAGACCUCAUCAUCUGGGACGAAGCUCCCAUGGCACAUCGCCACGCCUUUGAGGCUGUUGAUCGUACUCUCAGAGAUAUAAUAUCCGUAUCAGAUAAAGCGGCCGCCAUGAAACCUUUUGGGGGGAAAACCGUCCUUCUCGGUGGUGAUUUCCGCCAGAUUUUGCCAGUUAUACCACAAGGAACAAGACAAGAGACAGUCAACGCUGCUCUUAAUCGUUCGCACCUCUGGAACCACUGUAACAUUUUUCUACUCACCCAAAACAUGCGUGUCGAGCCAGAAGAAAAAGAGUUCGCAGACUGGAUUCUUCAGGUAGGUGAUGGCGUAGCAGCAGGUGAGCCUCAUAGCCUAGGCGACUGUGAAACACCAGAGGACAAAAUAUUCUUAGAUGACACUGUCCUCCUCCCUAGAACUUCAACUCCUUUGGAGACACUAUGUUCUUCUGCUUUUCCAGAUUUUGCAAACCAAUACACGGACCUGAGAAAACUCAAAGAGACAGCCAUUUUAACACCAAGGAAUGUGACAGUUGAUGAAAUCAACAAUUUUUUGGUUUCAAGAGUACCUGGACCAGACAGAGAAUACUUAAGUGCAGACACCUUUGCAGAGGAUGAACAGCAUUCAGAGGAGUUCAAAAUGUCCUACCCAUUGGAAUAUCUGAACUCCUUGGAGUUCCCAGGCCUACCAGCUCACAAACUCCGGCUGAAAGUGGGUGUCCCAGUCAUGCUCCUGCGUAACCUGAACCAGAAAGAAGGCUUAUGUAACGGCACAAGGCUAAUAGUGACACACAUGGGUGAAAAGGUUAUUAAAACCGAACUGCUUACUGCUACAAAGAAGACAGAUCCUAUCCUGCUGCCACGGAUCAUCCUGUCACCACUAGAAUCCAACCAUCCUUUCACCUUGAAACGUCGCCAGUUUCCAAUCCGAGUUUGCUAUGCGAUGACAGUGAAUAAAAGCCAAGGCCAGACUUUAUCAAACGUUGCUCUAUACUUGCCUAAACCAGUCUUCAGCCAUGGUCAGCUAUAUGUGGCCCUGUCAAGAGUCACAACACCCAAAGGUCUCAAGAUUUUAGACAUGAGCAGUAAUGUGGAGGGAAGCAAGACGAUAGACAACAUUGUCUACAGAGAGGCCUUCAAAGGCCUCCCAAAAACAACCGGUACGCUAACUACUUUCUCCACCUAAGCAUUUCAUAAUUUCCUUGUGGUUUCAAGCCUUAACAGAAAUAAAAAAACCUAGGAAGUAUGGCUCUAACGAAAUAUCUGUCAACGAACCAUGUGUCUCAACAGCUAGACUUUCACAAAUCUAUUUUUAAAAACAACCUCUUUAUUGUCAUCAUAAAACUUCAUUAAAACGUAUAUGACAUGAUCAUUUUUAAUCAAGGGGCAAAACAACAAAUAAAAAAAAAAAAAUUCAAACCUACUCUCUUGCAGGUGUAACAUACGACGCCGACGAGGCAGCCGAGGAUCAAUGACAACGGCGGAAUCAGAUGGACCUCAGGUAAGCCAAUCUCUCCUCAGUCAGUCAAAUCAAUUUACAACACAGAUUGAAAUUGAACAUCCCCGAUCCCAACACUCCAAUGUCUCUUUGCAGGGCAUGAAUCUUUGGUCUCUGUUUCGUUUGUUUCGCACAGUCGCUGUUCUCCGUGACAUUCUCCCAUGUUGUCUCCGGACCGGUUUUUUUCAAUUAAACCAGUUUUAUUUUACAAACAAUUAAUUAAACAACUACUAUUUUUGGGUUAUCCUUUUUCCAGGCCUUCUAACUCACCAACAUCUAAUGUCGAACAAAGCCCAGUUAAAACUUUUCUAAACAACAUAUCAACUAUUUUUAAAAGCACUUCUAUUAUAAUUACAACUUACCCUCUAAUUUUAAUGCAAUUCUUUUUUAUUACAAAUCUUAUGUUUAAUUAAUUAUUAAUUAUGUUUAGAAAUACUAUAUCCAUUUAUUUAUUUACGGAUUUUUUUUAAAAAAAAAACAGGAUUAGGUAAGAUUAUAAAUUACUAUCGAGAGUUUUAUAUAUAUAGAUAUCUCCAAAAACAUAUUAACAACUAACUACGUACAGAGGCCCAUAAACUUAUACAGUUAUUCCAUGCACACGUUAAAUACAUUAACGUUAUAUCAAUUCAUUAUGCAAACAUAUAUGUAAAGUAUCCAAACACUAAUAACCAACACCAGAACCAAUUCAUUAUAUCAAUUCAUUAACGUUAUUUUAAUAUCCACCUCAUACCCACUGAUAACCAACACCAGAACCAAUUGGCUGACCUAUCUUCUCCACACCUUAGAAAACACGAAAACUGAAGAACACACAUUCGACAAAAAUUCCUAACACAGAACUACACGACAGAACGGCAAAGUAUCCGGCCCCGCGCGUGCGCGGGGGCUGUGCCCCUAGUAAAACUAGUAUUUGGGGACCAAGCCCGACUUUUCAGUUUUUAGCUGGUCCGCUUCGGUUCAGCUUAGUACUCUGGUUUAGGAAAAUUACCAAAUAGAAGUUUCGAAUGGGGCUGCUCUUCGGUUGAGCCCAAUAUCUUCAAGUUCUUUUGGCCCAUUUGAAUUGAGCAAUAUUAUGUAGAUCAUUUAUAAAACAAAGUGGAAUUCUUAGUUGUAUUAUAUUGCCACCAAUUUAUAUAUAAUCGGCCAGAGAUCCUUCUUCUUCAACUUUGUUUUUAUUGGUUGUCAAAAAAAAAACUUCGUUUUUAAUGAAAGUUCACAAUUUUAUUUGAUUUUAUUAUUUUGUAUAUCCAAUUUUUUAUAUAUUUACCAAAAUAAUUAAUAUAUAUAUAAUAUAAUAAACAAACAUAGAGUCUAAAUAAUGUACCCAAACAUUUUUCUUUUACAAAGUGAUUUAUUAUUGGUUAGCGAUUUCUUUAACAUUAGGCAGUAUAAUAUACACCCAAAAUAUAUACUAGUGGACAACUGGAUACAACAACAAAUACCUAUUGGCUGAAUGACUGUCUUCACAUUAGUUUCAUUAACUGAUAAGUCAGAAUUGUUCCCAAAAAAAAAACUGAUAAGUCAGAAUAAUUAGCUUUCAGAGUAAAUUGAAAAUUACAUUAGGGAUAGAGAGUAACAAAAAUACAAAUUCUUAAGACUCAAAGCGGCUCUAACUAUAGCUCUAGUUGGACGUGGUCACAUUUAUUUAUCUACAUUUCAAUUGCUUCCGCAUUAUAAAAGUUGGUAAUACUAGUCGAUCAACCCUACACGCUUCAGUGAGUGAUGACUAGUGAGUAAGCUAACACUUAACCCUAGGUUCUGUUAAAUGAUACAUAUUUUAAAAAUAGUUUUAUAUAAUGAAUUAAUUACAUUUGCAUUUGUUGUAAGCAAAAUUCCAAUAUCCUGAAAAUGGAUUUGUCGUAUCAACAACAAACAUAUUGGACAAUUAUAUGGCUUCUUAGUUUAUUACUUUAAUAAAUGUUAAUGUGCAUGACUAGAUAUGCAAUAAUUGAAGUUGGACAAUUUCUAUAUUGUUUUGUAAAGUUGGACAAUUUACAAACGCAUUGUGGCUCAGAUUUAUUCAAAUUAACAAAAUGGGCUAUGUGGCGUAAACUGAUAAUAAUAUAUAUAUAACAAAAAGAAAAAUUAAUUCAAGAUCAUAAAUUUACUUUGGUUGGACUAACAUUUUGAGCUCAAUGAACUUAAAAUCAUAUGAAGAUGUUAUUCCUAUUCGAUUUAUAAUCCACUUUUAAAUGCUAACAUCAACAUAUAUACAUAGACAAAACUAAUUCUGUAAGUAAAGUUCCUCACAGUCAUACGGUAUAAGAAAACUAUAGUGGUUCUGACAUAAAAUUUAUAUAUGAUUUUACAACGAACAGUAUGAUUUAUGUCUCAUGAGUCAUGAAUCAUGAAAUUUGUUUUAAUAUAUUAAGUAUAUUAAUCAGGGAAUAGUUAUAAACCCAAAAUAAUAUGUGCCCAACCUAAUUUUCUGCCUGAACUUUAUCCACCAUGACAAAGACUACGUACGCCACAUGAGCUAUUUAUAUAAGUAACAGUGUAACACUAACUUAAUAUUAAACUUUUAAUAAAAGUAUCCACACGGUAUAAACUGAGUGUCACGUGCGUCGAUCACGUGAAAAGUAGGUCGGGUGCUAGAAUCUUCGUCCUGUGGUGGUGGAGUGGAUCCCAUUUUUUGUUCUAUGGGUAAUAGGAAAAAUGCAUCACGACUCACGAAUCACUGAACAUUUCAAUAAACAAAUUACUGGUUAAAGACAUAUUAUAAAAUAUCCAAAUGUAUAUAAAAAAGAAAUAAAUCAAUAACGGAAGAGACGUAAAAUAC